AUGCUUUCAGGAUCGUCAGUUCUACAAUCCGGACUGUCAUUCGCGCUAUUUACGCCUUCCUUCAAUUACGUGACAACGACAAAUUUACGACAACAUGAUCCACCAACAGAGCUUAAGCUGACCAAGUACUACUAUAUUCCCGAAAUUGAGGCUCUCGAAAAUGAAAUGGCGGAGGUCCAAGCACUCGGCAGCGCUGCCACCCAGGAAUGGUUCAAAGGUUUACAAUUGACAGGCAAGCGGAAGCGCGACGAUACAGAGCGACUCGAGCAGUGGGAGACCAGCCUUGGAGCCAAGCUACAGAUCAAACCGCAGGCAUCAAUGUCUCUUCCAGCGACUAGGUCGCCACCGCUGACAGCACUGUCCGUGGUUUCUGGCACCUCGCGAACCUUGAGCCAAGCUCACAGCCACACUCUGAGUUUGAGCUCGCCAUUGAGACCAUUCUCCGCGCUGAGCUCGCAGUAUGCUCCAUCGGUGAUCUCUGGGUCAUUUCGCCCAAGUCUGGAUAUGCCCCUACCAUUCUGGACGCCAGCGCCAGGCCAAGCGCCUUCACAAUACACUGCCUCUGAAGCAGGAUCAGCUGGCACUGCGAGACCGAAAUAUUCGCGACCAAGACCUGCUCCAUCAAAAGAGCAGCUAAGUGUUUUGCAAGCCGAGAAGCGUGCCGCGAUCGAAGAGAGAUGUCAAACGAUUGAUCCUCCUAUCCGACCGUCUGUGCUGCCAUUCAUGGAGGCUUUCAGAGCAGCUUUGCAAGUAUCUAUGCCCCUCAAUGACUCGUCAUGGGACCACCUGAAAGGACGCUUACUGGCGCAAAGAGCGGAGGCUGAGCAGAAAGAGCGUGAGUACAUAGGACGACAGCAAGGCCUGCAAUUCGGCAGUCCGGGACACCAGUUCGCCCCAGGAGAGUCUGGAUUCCACAGCCAGCACGCGCAAGCUUGGGCCGAACUGGGUGUACCAGCUCGGCAGAAGCUUGAGACCUACGCAAAGGAAUACAUCGCCUCGGCCUGGGAUGAUGGCCUGGCCGUGAGUGCCGAAACGGCCACUAAAUUUGCUGCGGACGUCAUGAUCCAGGUAAAAGACCGCUUCGACAAAAGCAUCGUCGAUGAAGAUCGUGAACUUGCAGCCCGGGACAUGGUCCUCCCACACAAUUCCGACAUUCAUGAAAUUCGGAAGCUUAAGCUCGAAGAUAUGAAGUGGCUCUACGAAGGGUCGAUCCGGCCGCAUAUCGAGCGAUUCGGUGCAAGCAUCUUCUUCUGUCGGGCAUGUGAGUCUAGCAUGAAACACUUCGCUUUCGAGGGCUUGAUCCAGCACUACUCCGCAAAGCAUACAAACGAUUUCACUCGUGGCAAUGCAGCUCUCUACUGGAAGUCACCUUGGCCCGAAGUUCCACCAUUUCACGAUCCGACAGGACCUCAAGCCCCGACAAGUCAUGGCACUCCAGUGGCAUUGUCUCGUGCGCCAACACCCAACCGGGGUCUUCAGGAGCCUACAGCUCUCUCUCGACCUCCAUCACGAGCAGUGAGUCCGACUUAUGCCGCCAACCGCGCGCGACCGCGAAACUUGUAUGAGGAGCACAAGGAUGAGGUUGUUUUCUCGACGAUCGCGGCUUACAACGACACUGCUGGUGUUCGAGCUAUGCCAGACAGUGUUCGAUUAUACGUUAUGAUUCACCAAACAGCGAGAGCUUUCUUCCACGCUUUCGGGCAUAAGCUAAGCUUGUCGCUCUUCGCUGAUUGUGUCAGUCAUCAAACUUCUCUCAGAGAAGUUAGAGACCUACAUGGACUUCAUUGUCACAGCUGCAAGUUUGGGAUCCGCUCGGAUCACGGUGUUACACCCGAGUACUGGCUAUCGGAACUGCUGGAUCAUUUUCAGACUGUUCACAUUGACCAUCGAUUCACGACGAGGGAGGAAAUGGCUGGUGCAACUACAAUGCGACCUGUCCCAAUGAUCGAUUGGCUGUACGAUAUGGUCGACCUACCUCAUCCUCAAAUCAUCAAGAAUAUUGCGCUUUCUCCCGCUUUUGACGAUCGGCAAUUCGGUAUGCUGGCAAGUCUGUUUCCAGACCUAAUUGGCAGAAUCUCCACGAGUCCUCCACGAGCAGCAUACCACGCAGGCGGAGAAAGUCUUAACGGUCGUGCAUAUGGUGAGCCAGCACGAUGGUACCAGCAUGAUGGCCAGGUCUCCAGGACCUACGUGCCUCUGUCGUCGCAUCGUUUGUCUAUGGAAAGGGACGGCACGUUGCCCUCUGCUACACACAUCGGUCGCUUUACGAUCGCAGACCCAUACAUACGGUCUGUAGGAUACCAGCCCGCUGUGACACAGGUACGCAGUCGUACUCCAGUGCCUGGAGAUGACUUCGCGCCAGCUCAACCUCGCUCGGUAGAUGACCACGACCGGCCUUUCGGUUCGCCGUAUCGGCGAGAUCUGGAUGCUGGCGCUAUACAGGACAGGCUGAUACGAACCCCUCACCGCACUAGCAGACAUUUGCGAGCUGAGAGUAUCAUGGAUACCGCAAGCGAGGCGCAGAGCACCAAGACAGAUGCUGAAAGAUUUCUUGACUCCUUCGGCCCCCUCGAGGAGUACCCUCGCACGGCGCCAGCCUCCCACGAUCGACGCCGUGGCGUAGUCGACAGCGACUCUGUACGCGCUCCCUCUAGUGGCAGGAUGUCGCGCGCUAUGAGCCAACAAGAGAUCGGGUACUGA